CAGCCACCCGGAGCCCAACAGGCGCGGGCUUCCCCACGCGCCUCGGGAGGGGACAGCUCCAGGUGGGAUCCAGGAGGCUUGGGCCCUGCGGCCGCAUCCGGGGAGCCCUCGGCAGUCGCAGCGCUGCUUCCCCGGAGCGAGCUCUCCGGGCGGCCCGCGGGGUGGCCCCGGGCGCCUCCGCCCUCAGCUGUCGCUCCUUAUAAGGCGGGGGCCGGGCGGCGCCGGAGGAGGGGCCGCAGCAUCAGCCCGGUUCUGGGCUCCGGGGCGGCGCUGGGCCGGGGGAGCGCAGUGCAGCGCAGCCGCGGGGAGCGAGGAGCGCGCGGAGCCGGCCAUGGGCAAGUCAGCUUCCAAACAGUUUCAUAAUGAGGUCCUGAAGGCCCACAAUGAGUAUCGGCAGAAGCAUGGCGUCCCCCCACUGAAGCUCUGCAAGAAGCUCAACCGGGAGGCUCAACAGUAUUCUGAAGCCCUGGCCAGCACGAGGAUCCUCAAGCACAGCCCAGAGUCCAGCCGCGGCCAGUGUGGGGAGAACCUCGCAUGGGCAUCCUACGAUCAGACAGGAAAGGAGGUGGCUGAUAGAUGGUACAGUGAAAUCAAGAACUAUAACUUCCAGCAGCCUGGCUUCACCUCGGGGACUGGACACUUCACGGCCAUGGUAUGGAAGAACACAAAGAAGAUGGGCGUGGGGAAGGCGUCCGCAAGUGACGGAUCCUCCUUUGUGGUGGCCAGAUACUUCCCAGCAGGGAAUGUUGUCAACGAGGGCUUCUUCGAAGAAAACGUCCUGCCACCAAAGAAGUAACUUGUUAAAUGUAAUAGGAAGGUGGCAGACUUCAGAACGUGGAUAUGAAGUGCCUAGAACAACCAAAACCCGGCCGUCCGUCUGUCCCUGUGGGUGUAUGUGCUCGUGUGUGUGAUGCAUGUGAGUGUUUCUGGUACACACACUUGGGCAUACAGUUCUGCGUGAGCUCAUUCUUACUACAGGAGUGAGCAAAGGAAGCGUUUAUCCCGAUCGUUACCUAGACCACGAUUAUUUGGAUUGGGGGGAGGGGGGAAUCCGGUUUUUAAAUUUUUUGUUAUUUUUAAGCAAACUUCUUUUGUACUUUUCUUACUUCUAAUAUCCAUCCCUGGACUUUUUGUAUUCCAAAUGUUUGUGAUGCUGAGAAGUGAAGUUCAUUUUAUGUGAUCUUCAUGCGCCGUAAUCUACUUUUGGUAGAUAAUUAAGAUUAUUAAACCCUCAUUUAAAUGUGACAUAAAAUACAGCUUUAAGCACAUAAAUAUAAAGCAGCUUCCAUCAGGAGCAUGAAGCAGGCAGGGGCUCCAUUUUACAGAAUUACUGAGAUUUCUCAGUUGUAAAACAUGAUGUCAUCCUGCGUGCCUCCUGGAAUUCUCCAAUGGGGUCGCCAGAGAACAAAUGGAGAAAAAAAGCUUUACUUCCUUGCAUUCUUCUACCUUUAAAUAGCAAAGUACCACUACCACCACCACCUCUUGCCCCCUUCCCUCUUUUCUUAAACUUCUGGCAUUUCAGAGCUCAGCAGGCUACCCCUGGUUUCUGCAGAGUUGGGCUAGGCCUGAAGCUCUCCCUCCCCCACCUCUGCUAGGCAGCCCAGUCCUGGGCUGGGAGACAGCCCCUCACCCUGCCUGGGCUCUUGGCCAAGCAGCCUUGGAUGGAUGAAGUCAGAGAGGUGGAGUGAGGGUGAGUUUACUCAGAGCCCCCAGAGGAAGCCCUCCACCCUCUGCCCUCCCCCCACACAGGGCGGGAGCCCAGGCCUGUUCCUGGCAACUGUGGCUGCAGCUGUGCUGCUGCUCCCUCCUGGAAUGUGUGACAAGCCCAAAUGUUCCAGGGAGAUGGCCGGAGUAGGGGGCUUAGAAAUGCUAAUAUGGUUCUGUGUUUUGCCUGAAAUGAUACCAGGUUCCCCUGAAUAGCAACUUUACAAGGUCCAUGUGGGAGGGACCAACCCAGAUGCCCUGCCAAGUGUCCCUGAAACCAUGGCAGCCCCGUCUGUCAAGAUGGCAGGGGCGGGAGUGAGCGGGCUGCUGGCUUAACUGCAGGCAUCUGGGCAGGCCAGUCCUCAAAGCAGCUCCUGAGGGUCUGUAUUGCACUGUGACCAGUCUCAAGCUAUGCCUCUAAUUUCGCCGGGGAUAUUGACUAAGAAGACAAUAAAAUCUUUUUCUUUGUGUAAUA